AGGUAAGAAGUUCUACUCGGUUUUGUUCACCCUCCCUGUCAUCCUCACCCUCACCGUUCCGCCUCACGGUUUCGCCACCUCACACUUUCGCCGUUUUCAAGGCUCACUCUCGUCUCUCAGCCUCACUCUCACUCUCCUUUUAAACCCAUUUUUACCCAUCCACUCACAACCAUCACCCGAUGGCCCGAAAUAAAAAACAGAUGAGAUUGGGCUAAUAGUUACCACCCGCGGAUUGAAUCUGUUUUGGUGUUUUGGCCCGAAUCCGACCGUACCCGACCCGAUGUCCAACCCUGCUUGCUAGUUGCUACUACGGGUGGAGUGCUGAUUCAGUCCUCAUUUGUUUUUGUUUUGUUUUGUUUUGGUAGCCAUUCUUUAUUCUUCAUAAAGCUUCACCUCGGAGAAAAGAUAGAACAUCAGAAGGGCAGGGAAAAUGUCGCAAGAGAAAUGAGCUUUCUCCUUCUCGGAGUGCAAAGAGACUGAAAUUAAGCACAACUGAAGAUUGUGAUGGCCAUUUGGAUCAGAAACUGCAUAUUGAAACUUUUGAGAUUGUUUGGACAAAGAUUGAAUCAACCAUUGAGGAUGUCUUGAAGAGCUCGGUCUUUCUCUAAUUUGAUUAUUAUUCUAGCAAUGCAAUCCCUCAAGUUACGUUCUCUUCUUUUUUAUUCUCCUUUCAAUUACUCACUUCAUCCCUUUCUCUUUUCAUUUUCUACUGCUUCUUUAUCAACCCCAAAUCAAACCACUAUUUUCCAGGAUUUCCUCAAUUCCAAUUUCAAUUUCCCCAAAUCUCAAUCCCUUUAUAUCUCUAAACGCAUUUCAUCUCACACCCUCCCUCAAAAGCCCUUAUCCGUCCUCAACUUUUUCAAACAAAUUGGAUUCUCCGAAUCUCAGAUUCACUCUAUCAUUCGUCAGAGAGCUCAAGUACUCUUCUCAGAUGUUGAUAAAACCCUAAAACCUAAAAUUCACUUCUUUCAACAAUUGGGUUUCCAAUGUUCGAAUUUAUGCGAUUUCAUUUCCAAAAAUCCCACCAUUUUGACUGCUAGUUUGAACAAAACAUUGGUACUCUCUGUCGAAGUCAUUCGAAAAAUUGUUUGCAACGACAAAGAUUUUAUUUAUGUUUUUUGCAAAUGUGGUUGGGUUCUCCCAAAGUACCAACUUUUUGUCGCCAAUGUCGCUUUCCUAGAGAGACAGAGAAUUUUUGGUGAUCAGCUUUUGAUUCUACUCAAAUGUCAGACGAGACUUUUGAUUGCCGCACAAUGUACUAUUAGGAACUAUGUUUUACAAGCUGUAGACUUGGGUUUCGAAGAAACUUCAAGAAUGUUGGUUCACGCGCUUCAUACCUUAGCUGGUUGGAGCUCUAAAACAUUUAGGAGGAAGAUGGAUUCCAUUCAGGAUUUUGGGUUUUCUAAAGAUGAGUGCUUGCAAAUGUUUAAAAAGACUCCAACUUUGCUUAAGACAUCAGAGAAGAAAUUAAAGGUUGGAAUGGAAUUCUUCUUGCAGACAGUAAUGCUGCCAAAGUCAUCGUUGGUUCAACGGCCUGUGAUUUUGAUGUAUAGCAUUGAGAAUCGAGUGUUUCCUCGGUAAAAAGUGUUGUUUUUGAAAUUCAAAAACCUUUGAAAACAAUUUAUGCCACCGAAAAUAUUACUGGGUUGAGUCGCGUACUAGGUCGCUCUCUUUAAGACGUUUCGAGGAAUUGCUCAAAAUUGUGCAAGGCAUACUAUCAACCACGAAGUCCCCAGUAUAAAACAGUCCAGAUACUCUGUAUCGAAGUUCUAAUGCACUGUAGAAAACCGUUCUAGAAUUACACCCUCAAUAUGUCAGUCUUGCGACUGACACUCGUAAUAUGGCACAAUGACCAU